AGAAUCUAGAUCUAGUAGUACUACUUAGCUACUAGAUCUAGUAGAUUUAAGUAGAUAUCUAGAUAUAGAUUCUAGAACUGUUCGAACUAUCUAGAUCUAGAAAAGAAGAUCAUCUAAAAUCUAUUCUAGCUACGAAGUUUAUCACAUGAAUCCAUUUGAUUUUAUAAUGGGAAAUGUCAUAGGAAGAGCAGCCGUUGUAGACUUUGGAAUUCAGUGGAGCUGCUGGAUAAUUGCAGCUUUUCUUCAAACAGAAAAGUUUUACGACUUAGCAGGCUCUAUUACUUUUGUGACCUUAACCUUGCUAAGUUUGAGUCAAAAUAAAACAUUGCAUACCAGACAAAAAGUUAAUAGUGGACUUGUAAUAGCAUGGGCUUCUAGAUUAGGCUACUAUUUGUUUACAAGAGUUAUAAAAGAUGGAGGUGAUAAACGUUUCAAUGUUGUCAAACACAAGCCUGGAUUAUUCUGGGUCUAUUGGACUAUUCAAGGUGUCUGGGUGCUGUCAACUCUGCUCCCAACGAUCAUAGUGAAUUCCAAGAAAAAUAAUAAGCCCAUUCAGACUCUUGAUAAAAUUGGAUGGGGAAUUUGGGGACUUGGUUUUAUCUUAGAGGCAUUAGCUGAUUACCAGAAGUCACAAUUUCGCAGCAUUCCUGAAAAUGCUGGUAAAUUUAUCGACGCAGGCUUAUGGAGCAUCUCAAGGCAUCCCAACUAUCUGGGAGAGAUUCUUAUGUGGACUGGACUCUACAUAUCCUCCUAUACUACCUUACAAGGAUGGGAACAUAUUAGUGUAAUAUCUCCAUUAUUUUUAUCUUAUCUUCUGACCAAUGUUAGUGGCAUUCCCAUUCUGGAAGCUGCCGGAUUCAAACGCUGGGGUCAAAGCCCUGAAUACAUUGCCUAUGUUAAAAGAACUGCUAAACUGAUUCCAUUUAUUUGGUAAUUUUAGUUAAAAUAAAUAGUUUUAAUUCAUAGUAACUUUUCAUUACUAAUUUCUUUUUUAAAUCAUUUGAAUAUAUAAAGAGAUGAAAUUUUCCCCUAUCAACCAUUUUUUUCCUUUCUAUACCUUUAUGAUUUGAUCUAUUCUAUUAUAGGUCAUCAGCAAAAAUAACAAUAAAGCCUACUGGUGUUAUUGAAAGGAAAAAAGUCACUAAUAGCUUUGUGUAGUCUGUCACAUUUAGAUAUUAAAAAAUAAUAGCGCUAUUGAAAAUAUGAUUUCACUAUUCUUUCUGUAACAUUUUACAUCUUGAGAGUCAAUCUUUAACCUUUGCAAUUUCUCAUGUGAGGCCAUUUGUGAUACAUAUGCACUGUCACAAGUUACUUUAAGAUAUGUGCAGUGGCUAUAUUUGAUCUUCCAAAAACAUAUUUUCAAUUUACGUCACUACUUAAAAGACUUUAUAUCCACUAAGAAAAUUAAUAAUAGGAAUACUAUUUUAUAAUGUAGGGAAACAAAAGAACUUGUUUUCUUUUUUUUUUUUUUGUAACUUUUAUAUAUGACAUUUAAUUUUUGUCAAAAUAAUUGUAUAUAUUUAACCAAUUUUUGUUUCCUUAAUGUGCACUAAGUAGGCAUAUUGUAUACAUUUAAACAUAUUUUUGAAAACAUAAUUUCAUAGCCAGUUCUUGUUAUUUAAUAUAACUAAAGUACUGAACGUUACCAUUCUUGUGCUACUUUUUUGUUAACAUGUUAAAAGUUCUCUAAUAUUCACAAAGACCUUAUUCUGGCAUUCAACAAGGAGGACCUUAUGCACUGUAUGUGAGUGAAUGAAUGCAAUCAUGUUUUAUAUGUAUUAUUUGCAUGGAUGAAAAUAAGAUUGUAGUUUGUAAGAGUUUCAUAUGAAUAUUUAUUAACCCUAGGGUACAUACAUUUAGUUCUUAAUAUAAAAAAUUGUCUUGAUGUAUUAAAAAUUGUGUUUAUGUAAAAUGUAUUUAAACUGGUGGGCAUACAUGUUGACUGCUGGGAAGGCAUGGCUGUAGGCUAUACUCUGUGAAAAGAGA